CUGACAAUGACACUGUCAAGCUGUCAGACGUCAGUAGAGUGAUUUAUGUGAAGAGGGUUGGUAUUGGUACAAAUCUGCCUGAAAAUUAUUUAAAUAUAUUUAUUGAUUCUUAUCAAUUAGUAUAAAACAAAUAAGAUUUAAGCUUGUAAAAUAAAUGUUUGAACUAUUUAUGUAACAAAAUUAUUUCUCUGAGACUGUAAACGCAAAUAUUCUAUGAAUUGUAGUCGCCUAUUGUGAUGUACCUUGUGGACCUACAAUGAAUUGAAGAUAAUAUUUUAAAAGUCCAGCCUUCUGUUCUUCAGCAUGAAGCACCUCGCAGCUUGGUACCAGAAAAAAAUAAGCUCGUAUGAUAAAGAAGAAUGGGAAACUAUGGUGGAACAGUUGUUGAUGAAAGGAACAUACCGCCGUCGAAUUGUUGAUUUUUCCUCACAUGCAAGAUCUUAUCUCAUAGAUGUAGAUUUAGUCAGAGGAUCAUCAUUCCCUAAAGCAAAGCCAACCCUCGGUAUGCGUCGAGUGGUCUGGUUUGCCCUAGUCCGACUUUUAUUCCUACCGGCGUUAUACCAGUGGUGGGCGCAACAAACGUCACCACCCUGUGCCAAAUUUCUGUUAGCCAUAUGGAGCUUACAAGUCGUCAAUAUGUCUAUAAACUUUAUGGCACCUGCUUCUAUAGACAUUGAUACCAAUUGCUGGAUAGUGCCACUCGGUCUUAUGAUUGUGCUGAGUAUAGUUCACGCGCAAAUCGUCAGCACAACGGAGAUGGAGCUAGCGAGAGUGCGACCAAGAUCGCAAUAUCGACGGAAACUGCCACGAUAUUUUAGAAAAGCGCGUUCCGAUUGCGACGGUGGCAGCGGCGGCGGCUCUGCUGAGAGCGGAGCUACCUCGAGUCAAAGCAAAACGCCUGUCACCAAACCAUCCAAAUUUAGACGACGGCUGGCACGUUCUGACUCCACCGAUUCAGGCCUUAGAAAACGUAAAAAAGAUAUAUUGAACGACACAGAAGCCGACUCAGAGCCGGUUGUUAAAGAUAAAUUGCAUAAGACAAAAGUAAAAGAUUCCGAUGACGAAGAUUAUAUGGCUUGGAAAAAGCCUGAUGCUACGGCUCCCAUAGUGACAUUCACACCGCCGCCAGAAGAACCGGCUUCUUCGUUUCGUUACAAACCUAAUAUAUUAACUAAAAAGUACUUGGAAUUUUUAAAUGGGCGACAAAACUUAAAUCGACCCAUGUUCGCUGACGGGGACGACGGUUUCGAAAGCCUCAACGGAUACAACUCUAACGGCAGUGAUGGAGAUUGCCGCCAAAAAGAAACGGAAGUCCAAAACAAAGCAACGAAUAAAGAAAAACGAGAUAAAACUGAAGGGCAAUCGAGUCCAAAACUCCCCUCAGUCCUGAAAGUUGAUAAAAACGGACAAUCUGAAAAUGUACCUUCAGUAAAAGAAAAUAAAGAUGACGAAGAAAAAUCAGUAGAACCAGAUUCUGAUAGUGCCAUAACGACGACAAAUCCUAACGUAGGAAAACGAAUAGGAGUUAGAUUUAGGAAAUCGUGGAUAAAAAAAACUGUACAACACGAAUCGACUGAUGACGAUUUUGGAAGCGUUAAAGGAAAACAAAAGAAAUUAGACAAUUACCAGACAUCAUCAUCAGACGGGGAAUGCUCGGCUUCAGCGCCAUCCAUCGCAUUGCCUUCGCACCAUACCAUGUCAGACUGGGUUGGGCAAAUCACUAACAGUGAAGAAAGUAGCUACGGAUCCCAGUCUGAAGCCGGCCACUCUGAUGUAGGAUUCGACUACACAGGAGACAGUUCAUGGGAUCCCUUCGCUAUUCUUGAUCCAUCAAGUGACACAGUGAAAUGCACAAUGUGGGAGCGUGGGUCGACCCUCCGCGCGGAGCUGUCCGCGGUGGACAUCAGUUGGUACGUGGUGGCGCGCGCGGAGACCGCCAUGGCGGCUGAAGGCUGCAUGUGGGCCGGGCUCGUCAUGGCUGCCAUAGUCGCCCUCGUCACACCCGCCAUCAGACUCGUCCAGGUGGCUAUAGAACAAGACAAUCGGAGCGAGGAAGAGUUGCAGACGCUAUCGCUCAUCGGCUACAUACCCUCACUUGUGAUGAACUACACACAGCACUCCGUACUCUGUGUCUUCAGUGGUGCAUUUGGUGACAACGUCUGGGAGGUGAUAUCCAACAUGCUGUCUUGCGUGCUCCGGUUCGCGUUGAGCGGGCUAGUGUUCUUCCUGCUGGCGGUGGCGGAGCGCGCGUACAAGCAGCGCUUCCUCUACGCCAAGCUGUUCUCGCACCUCACGUCGGCUAGACGCGCUCGCAAGUCGGAACUGCCUCACUUUAGGUUGAACACUGUGAGGAAUAUCAAAACAUGGCUGUCCACGAGGUCAUAUUUACGGCGACGAGGCCCUCAAAGGUCCGUGGAUGUCAUAGUGUCUGCAGCAUUCAUGCUCACACUGACUUUGCUCGCUUGCGUCUGUGCUCAGUUACUCAGGGACUCUGUGACGUUAGAAAGCGGCUGGCUCCUCGAGGCAAUGGUGUGGAGUUGCUGCCUCGGCAUAUACCUUCUGCGACUGAUCACGGUGGGCAGCAACGUGAACCGCAAGUACCGCGGCUGCCUGUCCGCCAUACUCACCGAGCAGAUCAACCUGCACCUCGCCAUAGAGCAGCGCCCCGAGAGCAAGGAGCAGUUGACUGUUGCCAAUAACGUGCUCAAACUGGCGGCGGACUUACUCAAGGAACUAGAUGCGCCGUUCAAAAUAUCGGGAAUAUGUGCCAAUCAUUAUCUAUACACGAUCACUAAAGUGGUUAUAUUGUCAGCGCUCUCAGGGGUAUUGUCGGAAAUGUUAGGUUUUAAAUUGAAACUUCAUAAGAUUAAGAUAAAAUAGAGCGUUGACAUAAACAAAGGUUACACCCUUCUAAUGCACAGAGUACCAAUCGGUUAUGUGGUUUGCAUAAUAUUCACAUAUCUGAAAAUUGUAUAACUAAUACUAGUGUUUUUUUCCGAGAUGCUAGUGCUGUUUUGACCAUAAAUCACUCUAGAAGAGUUAGGCUAAAUCGUAGUUUUGACUUCUACUUUACAAUAUUAUUGUCAAAUAGUAGAAAAAGGCUAUUAACUUAGUAAGAAGGGAAUAUUGCUUACCAAGCGUAUAGUAACUUUUGCUAUAGUAGGAGAGCCCGGGAUGCUAAAUUUGAAGUUACUAAAGCGUCAUUAAAAUCGAUUAGAUUUGGUAGAUUAGAUGAACCUACCAAAUCUAAUCGAUUGAUAAAUGAAAUGAUAGAAAGAAUAAUUGGUUAUAUACUUUUUUCGCUUUCAGCGGCUUUAAGCGUACCCACUAUAUUAAGGGCUCAUACUUGGUGGAGGUACUCAACAACGUGCAAGGUAUACUUCCUUACGUUCAUCUGCCCCGCUUCAGUAACCUCCCCUGCUACUAGGAGUGGGCACAAUAGUCCAACAGGCACUGUGCAUAAUCAAUAGUUAUUUACUUAUCUCUAUCUAUUUACGACGUUGAUAAAAUAUUUUAUUUGACUUGUGAGUCACAAAAGACAAUAUUUUAGGUUAGUGUUACUGAAAAAUGUUGCUAAGGUUUGUAUUACAAACGAACCAAGACUCCUCGUCUGUGCAGUAAUGGAGGUAUGAUGACAGAGAAGCGGACGGCAGGAACUAUAUCUAUCAUUUAUACUACAGCCUUUUGAUGAGGCUCUGCUCUAUACUACAGCCUUUCUUGAUGAGUACUGUUUACCAACAAACAAAUUAAAAAUGAGGGUAUAAAUCACUAGUCAUUUCAGGCCUAUUAUUAUAUUAAAAUUAACUUGUUCUUAAAUUAAUGAAAAUAAAUUUGAUUAAUAAGCUUAGAACAAUUAGAUGUGGUAAAUAUAUUGUAUAUAAUAUUUUAUAAACAAUCAAUACAUAUUUUAAAAUAAAUAAGUUAUGAAAUGUCAUGCGUUUUCUACCUUCAUUUCUAACUUCUUUGUUGGUAAACAGUACUCAUCAAGAAAGGCUGUAGUAUAGAGCAGAGGUUCCCAAUCCUUUUUAUCCCGCAGAGCAGUUACAAAUUUAGUAUGUUGUCACGGCUCUACCCUUUGAAAAAGAAAGAAAUGGGCACCUAUAAUUAUAGUUGGCAUAAGUUCUUGAUGAAGAAAACCUAUGUUCUUUAUCAACGCGAGCGCUCAAAUAAUGUACCCGCGCAUAUUUGUGGUUUCGGAUAAUGAAUAAGGAUCGACUCACUUUGGGAACCACUGAUCUAGAGGCUUACAGUUUGCCUCUGUCAAUCCCCUCUAACGUCAUACACCACGAGACUGCGCGGGCGAUGUCUCGUUAAAAAUAUUCUGCCUAUAAUAGACAUAGAUACACGCUGGGUAUCUGAAGUAACUAAUAGUCUAAGAUCUAGUAUUAGAAAUAUAUACACUCAUCUGUUAUUUAUUAGUGAGUAGCGGACGCUCGCGACUUCGCCACCCUUAGACCUCUUUAAUCCCUUACAGUAGUAUCGCUGUAAAAAUGGAGUAACUUCUCCCGUUUUCCCAACAUUUCCCUUCACUGCGCUGCUCCUGUUGAUCGUAGCGUGAUGAAAAGUAUACUAUAACCUGCCCAGGAGUAUGAAUAGUAGUUGUACCAAGUUUCGUUAAAAUUCGUUUUGUUUCUAUAACGAACAAACAGACACACAAAUUAUAUCAUUUAAUACGGUCCCAAUUUUACUUGGCAACCUCAAUGAUAAUACAUAUUUUUAUUUCGUAUACCAAAUAAAUAACAGGUAAGAGUAUACAUUUUUACGCCGGAUCUCGUAUUAAAAUGGCAGACGAGACAAUUUAAGUAGCUCGAAUUAAAUGUAAUAAGGUAAAAUAAUCAAAAAUCACGUGCAUGUAGAAAAAAAUAUUAAGGUAAGUUAAUUUUAAGAGUUUAAAUAGUCAAAAUUAAGUAAGGUGUGCCUUACCAUGAACUGAAAGUGUAAGCUUUUACUAUCUGUAAUACACACUUCUCUGAAAAAAGGCUUUUUUGGAAUGUAGACUGUAGGAUCUCAGUAGUUUUACUGCUUAUAGUGUUUUUCAGAUAGCAUGGGUACGGUGACAGUUCGUUUCACUAUUGAAAGUUUGUCGCGAUUCACGAUAUUAGACCUUAGACCUCUUUAAUCCAGCCCUUACAGUAGUAUCGCUGUAAAAAAACUUUUUUCCCCAACAUUUCCCUUCACUGCUCUGCUCCUAUUGAUCGUAGCGUAAUGAAAAAUAUAUUGUAACCUGCCCAGGAGUAUGAAGAAUAAUUGUACCAAGUUUCAUUAAAAUCCGUCGAGUAGUUUUUGUUUCUAUAACGAACAUACAGCCAGAAAGACAAAAAUUUUACUGAUUGCAUUUUUGGCAUCAGUAUCGAUCACUAAUCACCCCCUGAUAGUUAUUUUGGAAAUAUAUUUCAUUGAUUGAAUUGAUCUCUCUACAGAUUUAUUAUAAGUAUAGAUUAUGAACGUCAUAAGGCAACUGUCACCGUACUCAUGCUAUCUGAAAAACACUUUAGUCAUAAUAAUGUUAAGUUAAGGAAUAUUCAACAGGGAUUACUUGGAGGAUUAUCGUAAUCGUGCAUAUUUUGUUUAAGUUCUUAGUUAUUCCUUUAUAUCUUGCCUUGCCAUAUAUUUAUUUACUCUACUCAGUUAUUGCCAUUGAGUUUUUAAUAAAAAUAAACAUUUUUGUUCUUUAAAAGUUAAGUUUAUGGUGCUUUUGAAUAAUUAUUAUUAAUUACGAAAAUGGGGACAUUGUGACCAGCGCCGGACCGAGGUAAAUUUUAGAAUGGAGCGAGAUCCAAUUAUGGCGCCUUUCCUGUUUGCUCCUAACAUUAUAUACUAGGGAUGUUUGAAAAGUUUCUAGCCUAACGUAUAUCGGAAUGUCAUAUAUUUAUACAAUUACAUACAAUUUGCACCAUAGGUAAAGAAAGACGCCUCUAUUAGAAGUAAAUUCGCGCACGUCGCGUUCAUCUCUUCGCUUUAAAUAUAGACGAUCGAAAAGAAAUAAAUUUCUUUUCGAUCUUGUCUUUGCCAUUUCGGCGCCCCCUAGGAUUUGGCGCCUGGAGCGACCGCUCCGUUCGCCGUAUGGACGGUCCGGCCCUGAUUGUGACAUUGUAAACAUCUGAAUGACAAACUAGCCAAUAGUUUUUGCUGUGGGUUCUUUUUACUUGUUCUGUAGUGUAGUAUAACGAAUGGCAAACGGAACAUUUUUGCUCUGUUGUGUUUUACUUAUUACUUUCAGAUUCCAUCACCAUUAUUCCAUUACCUUAUUAUUUUAAUAUUUACAGCUCGUGCGGAUUUACUUGACAACUGGCUCAAAUGAUGUUGGUACUGUGUUUGUUUGGUUGUUUCAGCCAGAUGUCAAGUUAAUGUGCACGAGUUAUACCUACCUACAUAAACUUAUUUUUUGUUUAUGCCUACGAUAUAUAUAUUAUGAGUAAUCUUUGCACAUUUACUCAAUUAUCAUUUUAGAACGUAGGUCAUACCAAAACUAUAUGAAUUUAAUAUAGGUAUAAAUCUGAUGCGAACUUUAUGACGUCUCGGAAAUAAGCUGAGAGUGUCGCUACGUGUAAAUAAUGUACGCAAAAAUCUGCGCGGGGUGAAUGCACUGCGGCCGCGCCCUUAUGUUACUGCUGAUACCUAAAAUCCUGUAUUGCUCAGCUUAACACAUGAUCUUCCGAAACGUCAUAUCGCACUGUACUAUAAAGAGACUAAAUACCCUUUAAUUAUAGACAGUUGUGUAGAUAAAUUAUUGAUCUCACCAUCAUCAUAAAAUUUUAGCAUGAUUAAUUAUAUUAUAGUUAAGCAUUGUUUCCUAGAGCAUAGAGAAGCUGUUAUACAAGUAAAUAUUUAUUAAAUUGUGAUAAUCCAGUAAAUGUUAAAAAACUUUGCUAUACAAUAAUAAAUAACUUGUUCUUUGAGAAAACCUCUAUCAAAAGCCAAGUGUAACAAUUUGUCUUUAUUUUAAAGUCAUACAUUUUACAUGGACUCUAAGCGUAGAGGGUACCUACCUACGCAAACAAAAGUAAUACUUAAGUGUUUUGGUACUUUAAAAUUAGUGUCCGACCGAAAGUUUCGACCAAAAAUCAAGUUUCGGUUUUGGGAAAAAUAGGCCGAAACUUUUGUCGAAACUAACUUCGUAUGUUUGUGGCAACCCUUUGGUGGACGCUGGCGGCUCUGCUUUGGGAAUUGUCGUGUCUGUUCGGAAUUCGGAUAGCUCUCGCUUUGUAUGUAGCAACAAAACGUAAUGCGUUAUCGCCCGACGCAAACAUUUUUUAGAGGUUAUGUUUUGAUGGAACUGAUUUUUUUAUUCUUCUAAAUACAAAUACAGAACAAAGUAUUGAUUAAUAAGAUUUCAAAAUACCAAUACAUACUAUUUAUUGAAACAGUAGCAAUUAGUGAUUUGAUCUUAUUGAUAACUGAUAAACAUUUUGCUAUGAGAACUUUAUUUGAAAAAAUAAUAAGAAUAUUAUUUAUAUAUUCUUAUAAUUACAUUAAAUAAAUGAUUAUAACAAACUUAUAUACCUACUGUUUCCAUUUCAUGUGCUAAUUAAUGCAGAAUAAUGGGUAAAAUGCGUUUUUUGAAUCAAAAAUUACACUUGAACAACGUGAGUUUCGGUUUCGGUCGAAACUGAAGCCACGGCCGAAUAUUCGGUUUCGGCCAAUAAACCAGUUUCGGUCGGACUCUAUUUAAAAUAUCUGUUUCUUUUUACUCUUUUAUGUCAGCAUUGAAAUAGAAUGUAAUUACUGAAUUUAGGUAACGCAUCCUUAGUAAAAUAUCGAUCCAAAUAUUUUAGGGGUUUUAACAAGAUUUGUCAAUUUCUGCAAAGUAAUUAAUUCGUGCUCUUUCCAAUAGAGAGCUUACAGAAGCAUAAUAUUAUUAGUGCUUUAAUAUUAUUUCAUUUGUGAAUAAAUUUUGCGUAUAAUUUACGUGGAUAAUAAUUAUUAUAAUUUUGACGUUCCUGAAUCUUAUGUUAGAUGCAAAGAAAAAUAUUAAAAUUUACAUAUUUACUGAGAUAAGUUUAAAAAUGGUAUUAAGGUAGAAUAUCGAUAUAAAAUAUAUAUUAGUUAAGGUGGUACCUACAUAAUAUUUGUUUGGUGCUUAAGUUUUGUUAUAUUUUCUUUGAAAAUAAAACAACAUAGAAAUGUAACUACAUUAUCAUGAAAAAUUAUUACUGUUGCCUAUAAAAUUUUAUUAUAACAUAGGUAGCAUUUAAUGCGAUUGGAAAAAUAAAAUAUUUUAAAAUUAA